UCUAUCUCACUUAAGGAAUUCUCUCAUCUUUCUCUCUCUUUAAAUUCUCAUUGUUUUUGCGAUCUCAUUCUCAUCUUCUUUUCUGAAAACCUUUUCUCGAAAACCCUAGACCUUUGAUCGCAAUACUUUUCGAUCAAUCUUUAUCGUUAUUCAAUUGAUUAUUAAUUUCCAUCUUAAAUUUCACCUUGAUUACAAGGGAAAUCGUUUCGGAUAAUUAACCUUUUCUUUUAUAGUGUAAAUUUCACUUAUAUUGGUUAAAUUUUCAAUUGAAUUUCACUCACAAAGUUUGGGUUUCCAGAUUGCGGUUUGUCGAUCUUUUGGUUAAAUGUGUAGGAUAAGGUUCGUUUCAUCAUGAAGCUCAAAAGACGAAGGGCUUCUGAAGUGCCACCGAAGAUAAGGUCUUUCAUAAAUACUGUGACGUCUACUCCCCUUGAGAAUAUACAGGAGCCCCUAAAAGGUUUUAUAUGGGACUUUGAUAAGGGGGACUUCCACCAUUGGGUGGAUCUUUUUGUUCACUUUGAUUCAUAUUUUGAGAAGCACAUUAAAUCUAGGAAAGAUUUACAUCUUGAGGAUGAAUUUUUUGGUUGUGAUCCUCCUUUCCCAAAAGAAGCUGUUCUACAGAUACUCCGUGUUAUGCGGAUUAUUUUGGAGAACUGCACAAACAAACAUUUCCUUAGUUAUUAUGAGCAUCUGUCGUCUUUGCUGGCUUCUGCUGAUGUUGAUGUUGUUGAAGCUAGCCUGCAGACUCUGGCUACUGUAAUGAAAAAGUCUGUUGGAAAGUUUUCAAUUAGAGAUGCUUCUCUGAGUUCUAGGUUGCUGGCUUUUGCACAAGGCUGGGGUGGCAAAGAAGCAGGACUUGGGCUGACUGCUUGUGCAUUGGAUAAUGGGUGCGACCAUGCUGCAAAAGCAUUAGGGUGUACCUUGCAUUUUGAAUUCUUUAAAGUGGUUGAAUCAUCUGAAGAAGGUGGAGCUACAGGAGGUCUUCAAAUUAUUCAUUUGCCGAAUGUUAACAGCCGAAGAGAAUCUGAUCUUGAGCUUUUGAAUAUGCUAAUCAAAGAAUAUGGAGUUCCUCCUAAUCUUAGGUUUUCAUUACUCACUAGACUUCGGUUUGCAAGGGCUUUUGAUAGUUUAGCUUCUCGGCAACAGUAUACUUGCAUUCGGCUGUAUGCUUUUAUGGUUGUUGUUCAAGGAAGCAGUGAUGCUGAGGAGUUGGCGUCUUUUUUUACAAAUGAACCUGAAUUUACCAAUGAGUUGGUCUCACUCCUAAGUUUCGAGGAUUCAAUUCCAGAAAAGAUCCGAAUUUUGAGUCUCCGAUCUCUAGUUGCUCUUUCUCAAGAUAGGUCUCGCCAGCCUUCCGUUCUUACUGCUGUGACAUCCGGUGGACAGCGGGGAAUACUCUCUAGCCUCAUGCAGAAGGCAAUUGACGCGGUUUCAAAUGGUUCUUCUAAGUGGUCUGUCGUCUUUGCUGAGGCUCUCUUAUCACUCGUUACUGUUCUGGUGUCUUCAUCAUCUGGUUGUUCUGCAAUGCGUGAGGCAGGAUUUAUACCAACUCUUCUGCCCCUUCUUAAGGAUACAGAUCCACAACACCUGCAUUUAGUUGGUACUGCUGUUCAUGUACUUGAGGCUUUCAUGGAUUAUAGUAAUCCAGCUGCUGCGUUAUUUAGAGACUUGGGGGGAUUAGAUGAUACUAUUAAUCGUCUCAAGAUUGAAAUAUCUGUCGUAGAGAAUGGUAUGCAGCAAUCAUGUGGAGAUUCUGAGGGUAACAGGAUGAGUACCGACAUAAUAAUGGGUACAUCAUCUAUAUUAGAUGACAUUCAACCCCUUUACUCGGACUCCUUGCUUGCUUAUCAUAGACGUCUUUUGAUGAAAGCUUUACUCCGUGCUAUUUCCCUUGGUACCUAUGCACCUGGGAGCACUGAUCGUAUCUAUGGUUCUGAGGAGAGCCUGUUACCCCAAUGCUUAUGCAUUAUAUUUCGAAGAGCAAAAGAUUUUGGUGGUGGGGUGUUCUCCCUUGCUGCUACUCUUAUGAGUGAUCUUAUUCAUAAGGACCCUACAUGUUUUUCUGUUUUAGAUGCUGCUGGCCUACCAUCUGCCUUCAUGGAUGCUAUAAUGGAUGGUGUACUUUGCUCUGCAGAUGCCAUAACAUGUAUACCUCAGUGCCUUGAUGCCUUGUGCUUAAACAACAAUGGUCUUCAGGCUGUGAAAGAUCGCAAUGCCUUGAGUUGUUUUGUUAAGAUAUUUACUUCAAGAGCAUAUUUACGUGCCUUAGCUGGGGAUACUCCUGGGUCCUUGUCUAGUGGACUGGAUGAACUCAUGCGCCAUGCUACCUCAUUGCGUGGGUCUGGGGUUGAUAUGCUUAUUGAAAUUUUAAAUACAAUUUUAAAACUUGGGUCUGCUGAUGAAGCUUCGACAUCAUCAGUUGAAUCUUCAGCCUGUCCGGCCCCUGUGCCAAUGGAGACCGAUUCAGAUAUUCAAAGCCUGUCUUCACUUGAUGAGAAGGAUUUACCAAAGAUAGAGAAUUCUGGUCAAAUAGAUCUUUUGUCUGAUGCUACUGUAGUAAAUUUGGAGUCUUAUCUUCCAGAUUGUGUCAGCAACACUUGUCGUCUUCUUGAGAGUAUUCUUCAGAACUCUGAUGCUUGCCGCCUAUUCAUUGAAAAGAGAGGAAUUGAAGCUGUUCUACAGAUGUUUACUUUGCCAUUAUUGCCCGUAUCAGUUUCAGUUGGUCAGAGUGUUUCUGUUGCUUUUAAAAAUUUUUCAGCACAGCAUUCUGCUUCUCUGGCAAAGGCUGUGUGUUCAUUUUUGAGGGAGCGUUUGGUUGCAACUUUUGAAGUAUUGGACGAAAUGCAGGGAACUUUUCUUGUUAAUCUGGAAUAUGCAAAACAAAUUAAAGUACUGAGAUGUCUUUCAAGUUUGGAAGGCAUUCUGUCCCUUACAAAUUGCUUGCUAAAAGGGUCUGCAAUUGUCUCAGAGCUUGGUGCUGGGGAUGCUGAUGUGUUGAAAGAUAUUGGUAGGGUAUAUAGGGAUGUCAUUUGGCAGAUCUCUUUGUCCUGUGAUACCAAGGUGGAACAGAAGCAAAAUGUUGAAUUAGAAAAUGUAAAUGCUGAUGUAUCAUCUUCCACUGCUACUGGCAGGGAAAGCGACGAAGAUGUAAACAUUCCUGUGGUCAGAUAUAUGAAUCCAGUUAGUAACAGGAGUGGUUCUCAGCCACCAUGGGCUGGAGCCCGUGAUUUUUUGUCAGUUAUUCGCUCUGGUGAGGGGUUGAGUCGUCGUAAUCGACAUGGAUUGACACGUAUAAGAGGUGGAAGGACUGGCCGCCACUUAGAUUCUUUUCACAUGGACUCAGAAGUUACAGCGAAUACGCAUGAGCCUUCCUCCUCACAAGAGCACAAGAAGAAGAGCCCUGAUAUCCUCGCAUCUGAAAUUCUCUCUAAGCUUUCUGGUACAAUGCGUUCUUUUUACACCGCACUCAUAAAGGGUGUAAGUAUACCAAAUCGUCGUAGAGCUGAUUCUGCGUCAAUGAGUUCUGUUGCAAAGAACAUCGGGACUGUUGUAGCAAAAAAUUUUCUGGAUGUCCUUAGCUUUUCAGGGUAUUCUAGUGAAGCAGAGCAUAAUAUGUCACUUUCUGUGAAAUGUCGUUAUCUUGGAAAAGUAGUGCAUGAUAUGGCAGCUCUUACAUAUGACAACAGGCGCCGUAUAUGCUUCACUGCAAUGGUGAAUAACUUUUACGUCAGUGGUGCCUUUAAGGAACUUCUAACCACUUUUGAAGCCACCAGUCAGUUAUUGUGGUCACCACCUCACUCUUUUCCAUUAUCUGAUACUGACACAGUUAAGGCAGGUGAAGGAAAACUGGAGUGCAACUCAUGGUUGCUUGAUACUUUGCAGUGUUACUGUCGUCUUCUGGAGUACUUUGUCAAUUCGUCACUACUUCUCUCUCCAGCUACUCCAUCCCAGUCUCAGUUGCUUGUUCAGCCAGUUGCUGUAGGCCUGUCGAUUGGGUUGUUUCCUGUUCCCAGAGAUCCAGAAGUUUUUGUCCGCAUGCUCCAGUCCCAAGCUCUUGAUGUGAUACUUCCUGUUUGGAAUCACCCCAUGUUUCCUUAUUGUGGUGCUACUUUCAUUACUUCUGUUCUUUCACUUGUUGCCCAUAUAUAUUCUGGAGUUGGGGACAUGAAACGUAAUCGCAGUGUUGUGACAGGAAGUUCAAACCAGCGUGUAGCUCCACCACCUGAUGAAACUACUAUUGCUACCAUUGUUGAGAUGGGAUUCUCAAGGGCUAGAGCAGAGGAGGCUCUUAGACGAGUGGAGAGUAAUAGUGUGGAGAUGGCCAUGGAUUGGUUGUGCACUCAUGCUGAAGAUCCUGUGCACGACGAUGAUGACUUAGCACAGGCCCUUGCCUUGUCAUUAGGGAGUUCAACUGAAACAUCUAAGGUUGAUAAUGUUGAGAAAACGGUUGAUGUUGUGGAAGAAGAGGGGCAGAUGAAGGCCCCUCCUGUUGAUGAUAUUCUUGGAACUGCUAUGAAGUUGUUUCAUAGUGGAGAUUCUUUGGCAUUCCCUUUAACUGAUCUACUUUCAACUCUUUGCAACCGAAACAAGGGUGAGGACCGUCUUAAAGUUGCCUGUUAUCUGAUUCAGCAGCUGAAGCUUUGUUCAUCAGAUUUGUCAAAGGAGGCGAGUGCUAUAUCGUCUAUAUCACACAUUUUGGCAUUGCUACUUGCGGAAGAUUCAGAUGCUCGAGAAAUUGUUGCCCAUGAUGGAAUCGUCUCAGUUGCUAUUGAUAUUUUGAAGAGUUUAGGAACCAGCGAUUUUGAGAAGAAUGCUUUGACCACGAAAACCACGAGUGCGUUGCUGCUUAUACUGGAUAACUUGUUGCAGUCCAAGCCCAAAUUUUCUGCGGAGCAUGCAGGAGUAUCUUCAACUGGUCCAUUAUCUACUUCAUCUGGAGAGCAGGCUUCUGUAGAAGCUUCACAACUUGGCGUUGAGAAAAAGUUGUCAUCCAGUGCUUUUGAGGAUGCGUCUGUCGUUGGUUUUCAGAAAAUAUUUGGAAAGUCAACUGGUUAUCUUUCCAUGGACGAAUGUCAUGUUGUACUUGAAAUUGCAUGUGAGAUGCUAAAAAAGAAGGUUCCUGCUGUAAUAAUGCAGGCUGUUUUACAUUUAUCUGCUCGCUUGACCAAAACACAUGUGCUGGCCAUGCAAUUUCUUGAAACCGGAGGCAUGGCUGCUCUACUUGAUCUUCCAAGAUCUUGUUUCUUUCCUGGUUAUGACUCUCUGGCAUCUGCAAUCAUUAGGCAUUUGUUGGAAGAUCCUCAAACUCUGCAAACUGCCAUGGAACUAGAGAUUCGCCAAACUCUAGUUGGAGGUCGCCAUGCUGGACGUAUACCCACUCGCAUAUUUUUGACAUCAAUGGCACCUGUCAUUUCUAGAGAUCCGGUGACAUUCACAAAGGCUGCAGCAGCAGUUUGUCAGCUGGAGUCAUCCGCAGGGAGGACUGUUGUGGUUUUAGCCAAGGAGAAAGACAAAGAAAAGGACAGAUUUAAAGUAACUGGUGUUGAGGUUGGGGUAUCAUCUAAUGAGUCUAUUCGUAUACCUGAAACAAAGGUCCUGGAUGGGUCAGGAAAAGGAACAAAAAAUCACAAAAAGAUUCCUUCAAAUCUUGUUCAAGUGAUAGAUCAACUUCUUGAAAUUAUAUUGCAAUUCCCUUGUUCUAAUGGCCAGAGCCAGGAAGAAGACUGUUCAAGCUAUGUAACAGCCAUGGAGACAGAUGAACCUGCUGCAAACGUAAAGGGUAAAUCUAAGGUUGAUGAGGCAACUAAGGGAACUUCAGAUAUCCAACCUGGAAAAUCAGCAUCUCUUGCUAAGGUGAUUUUUGUUCUUAAAUUGCUGAGUGAUAUUCUUCUGAUGUAUGUUCAUGCAAUUACUAUUGUGUUGAGACGGGAUUCAGACAUUUCUCAAAUGCGAGUUGCUUCUCAGCCUGAUUCUUCUGGGCAAGGUGGUGUUGUACACCAUGUGAUACAUAAGCUUCUUCCUCUGUCCUCUGAUAGAUCUGAUGGAACUGGUGAUUUGAAGGAUAAAUUAUCCGAAAAGGCUUCAUGGUUUCUGGUAGUCUUGUGUGGACGUUCAAGUGAAGGGCGUAGGCGAGUUAUUAGUGAGCUGGUGAAGGCAUUAUCAUUGUUUUUCAAAGUGGGUAGCAGCGUCUCUCAUCAAACCAUUUUACUGCCAGAUAAAAGGGUUUUAUCGUAUGUGGAAUUGGUCUAUUCUGUUUUGUCAAAGAAUUCUUCCUCAAGCACCAUGUCUGUUUCUGGCUAUUCACCUGACAUUGCACGAGGCAUGAUAGAUGGAGGAAUUGUUCCAUGUUUGUCCAGCAUUCUUCAGGCUAUUGAUUUGGACCAUCCAGAUGCUCCUAAAAUUGUAAAUCUCAUUCUGAAGGCUUUGGAAAGUUUAACUCGGGCGGCUAAUGCAAAUGAGCAAUGUAAAUCUGAUGUCCAGAAUAAAAAGAAGUCGACAGGUUCACAAGGAAGAUCUGAUGACCAGAUAGCUAACGUGUCAGCCAACGAUACCAUACAGCAUAAUGAAAACCGAAUCUGUGAGCAGGAAGCCAGUGAUGUGGGGCCUGAUGAACCCAACCCUGGCGAUGCAGCUGGGCACUCUGAAAUAAAUAAUGUUAAUGAUGUAGAUAGAUUAACUGAUGGAGAUGUGAGGGUUGAGGGUGAAGGGGCUCAAGUUACAAACCCAACUGUGGAGCUUGCAAUGGAAUUUACAGGUGAUGAGAUGGAAGAAGGUGAUCUAAUGCAUACUCACAAUCAGAUAAAUAUGGAAUUUCAUGUUGAAAACCGGACUGAUGAGGAUGUUGGUGAUGAAGAUGAUGACAUGGGAGGUGAAGGUGAAGAGGAAGAUGAGGAGGAUGAUGGUGAGGACGAAGAUGAGGAUAUUGCUGAAGAUGGAACUGGUCUGAUGUCACUUGCAGACACUGAUGUGGAUGAUCAUGAAGAUGCUGGAUUCGGAGAUGACUACAAUGAUGACAUGGUUGAUGAUGACGAUGAGGAUUAUCAUGAGAAUCAAGUCAUAGAGGUAAGAUGGAGGGAGGCCUUGGAUGGUUUUCAUCAUCUGCAGGUUGGCCAGUCUGGAGGUGGCCUAGUUGAUGUUCCUUCUGAACCCUUUGAAGGUGUAAAUGUGGAUGAUCUCUUUGGCCUUAGAAGAACUUUAGGUUUUGAGAGACGUAGGCAGACAAGCAGGUCUUUUGAACGAACGAAUACUGAUGGAAGCCUCCAGCAUCCUCUUCUCUUGAGACCGCCCCAAUCAGGUGAUACUUCAUUGUGGUCGUCAGGUGGCAAUUUAAGGGAGUCAGAAUCAUUGUCAGGAGCCACUGUUGACGUAUCUCAGUUUUACAUGUUUGACAGUCCUCCAUACCUUUAUGAUUUUGGGCCAGCUAGCUUAUUUGGUGACCGUUCUGGUGGUACAGCACCUCCACCAUUGACUGAUUAUUCAGUUGGUAUGGAUUCGUCCCAAUUAAGUGGACGAAGAGGACCAGGUGAUGGGCGGUGGGCUGAUGAUGGCCAGCCACAAGCAGGCAACCAAGCAUCUGCUAUUGCACAGGCUGUGGAAGAAGUUUUUGUUUCUGUCUUGCAUGGUUCUUCUACAACUAACUCUCCACUUGAACAGCCGCCUCAGAAUACAAUGCAGCCAGAGCCACAGGUAGUUGCUGGGCAUAACAGUGAGAGUAAUUUGGAAAUGGAGGGGGAUCCCUUGCAUGGAUUGAGUACAGAGGAAAUAAGAAACGGUGAUAGUGAAGGUCAGCAACCAAAUCAUGAGGACUUUGUUGAUGUUCAAGAUCAUGUCAAUGUACAUCCUGUGGCAGAGUCGAUGGUAGCCUAUGAAAGUGAAUUUUUGUCAAAUAACCCAACUCUUCAUAGCAUGGAGUCCAGGAACAACAUUGAUCCUUGCGAUUUAUCGAGGACAGGAGUAGAGCCUUUGCCAUCAUCUGUAGACCCUGAAAAUGAAUUACAUGAUGAUCAAGUUCAGGCUCCUCUGAUUGAUGCAUCUUCAAGAACUGAUAGCCAGCUUAAUAAUGAUGUGAACAGUUCCGAACAAGCGAUGUUCAAUCAAGUCGACCAUCUUCUUGCAGUUUCUGCUAGCCCUAAUGUUGUGAUGAAUGUUGCAGAUGGUGAGCCAAUUCAAACUAAUCAAUUUCUGCCGGCUUCUGAAAGUAACGAGCCAGUAGCUGAUCAGAAUGUUUCCGUAAGCAAUGCAAUGGAUGCUGACCAUGUUGAAACUAAUGUUAAUGAGCCACCUGUUCCCAAUGCAAUUGAUCCGACCUUCUUGGAGGCACUCCCUGAAGAUUUACGAGCUGAAGUACUAGCUUCCCAACAAUCACAGACAACACAACCUCCCACUUACACUCCACCUUCAAUAGAAGAUAUCGAUCCCGAGUUUCUGGCUGCAUUACCUCCUGAAAUUCAAGCUGAAGUUUUGGCCCAGCAACGGGCACAGAGACUGGCACAGCAGAAUGAAGGACAACCUGCUGAGAUGGAUAAUGCUUCUAUAAUAGCCACUCUUCCUGCUGAUAUUCGUGAGGAGGUACUCUUGACAUCAUCUGAAGCAGUUUUAUCAGCAUUGCCUUCUCCAUUACUCGCAGAAGCUCAAAUGUUGAGGGAUAGAGCAAUGAGUCAUUAUCAGGCUCGCAGCCUUUUUGGAAGCAGCCAUAGACUAACACAUCACAGGAACGGAUUGAUGGACAGGAGUGUUGGAGUAACUGUAGGAAGAAGAACAGGUGCUGCCCUUUCGGAUGUUUUGAAAGUCAAAGAAGUUGAAGGUGAGCCACUUCUAGAUGAAUAUGCAUUGAAGGCACUGAUAAGGCUCUUACGCUUGGCCAAGCCUCUUGGUAAAGGCCUUCUGCAGAGACUUUUGUUAAACCUUUGCGCCCAUAGUCACAUCAGAACAACUUUGAUUCAUCUUUUGCUCGAGAUGAUCAAGCCUGAGGCUGAAGGUACAGCUGGUAGUCUCUCAAUUGACAAUCCCCAAAGGCUCUAUGGUUGCCCUUCAAAUGUGGUCUAUGGCCAGUCUCAGUUAGGGGGUCUUCCACCCUUGGUUUUGCGUCGUGUUCUUGAGAUUUUGAACUAUUUAGCUACCAAUCAUUCUGCUGUUGCGAACACUUUGUUCUACUCUGAGCAAUCUCUCUUACCCGAGUCAUCUCAGAGGUUUACAGAAAGCAAAAAGGGAAAAGAAAAGGUAGGAGAUACUGGAGUGCCUCAAAACUCUUCUCAGGAAUCUAAAGAAGGAAGGAUUCCUUUGAUACUGAUGCUAAAGCUUUUAAAUCAACCUCUUUUCCGGCGUAGUAUUGCUCAUGUUGAACAGGUUAUGGGUCUACUUCAAGUUGUGGUCUACACUGCAGCUUCUAGAUUAGAGAGACAGUCUAUUCCCGAGCAGAUCAUAGAUGAUCCUCAGAACCCAACUAGUAAAGCUCCUGACGAGGUCCGUAGUGAUGAUGCUUUGGUCAAAACAGAUACUAGGCAACAGGAUAAAGUUGAUAACCCGGAAGCUUCUACUUCUGAUCGACAGGCAGGUCACAACAUCUAUGACAUCUUUACACAGCUGCCAAUAUCUGAUUUACGCAAUCUUUCCCGUCUUCUUGGUUAUGAGGGGCUCUCAGACAAAGUUUAUAUGCUUGCUGGUGAGGUGCUAAAGAAGUUGGCUUCAGUGGCUGCUUGCCACCGUAAAUUCUUCACGCAAGAGCUUUCAGAUCUUGCCCAAGAUCUUAGUAGUGCAGCUGUUUCUGAGCUUACCACCUUGAAGAACACAAGGAUGAUGGGUCUUAGUGCUGGUUCAAUGGCUGGUGCUGCCAUGCUUCGUGUACUGCAAGCUCUUAGCUCACUAAUUUCUAACAGUGUUGAUGGCAUAGAUCUCCAGGGGAGUGACGAGGAAGAAGAGCAUGUAAUAUUGCUGAAGUUGAAUUCUGCACUAGAAUCAUUGUGGCAAGAGCUUAGCAACUGCAUUAGCACAACUGAGCUGGAGCUGGGACAAAGUACUGUGUCACCAAUUGUGGCUGCAAUGAGUGUCGGAGAUGCUGUUGUUGGACCAUCUCUUUCUUCCCCUCCUCUCCCUCCUGGGACACAAAGACUUCUGCCAUUUAUCGAGUCUUUUUUUGUUCUUUGUGAAAAGCUACAGACAAGCAAUUCAUUUGUCCAGCAGGAUCAGACCAAUGUUACUGCACAAGAAGUUAAAGAAUCUGCUGAGAGUUCUUCCUCGACACCGACAAAGUGUGGUGGCGAUUCCCAGAGAAGGAUCGACAGUUCAGUUAUGUUUUCAAAGUUUGCUGACAAACACCGCCGACUUUUGAAUGCAUUUAUCAGGCAAAAUCCAGGGUUGCUAGAAAAGUCACUUUCUAUGAUGCUAAAAGCCCCUCGUCUCAUCGACUUUGAUAACAAGAGAGCAUACUUUCGUUCCAGAAUCAGACAACAGCAUGAGCAACACCUCGCCGGGUCACUAAGAAUAAGUGUUCGUCGGGCUUAUGUUCUGGAAGAUUCGUAUAAUCAACUACGAAUGAGGUCAAAUCAAGACCUGAAGGGACGGUUAAAUGUGCAGUUUCAAGGAGAAGAGGGCAUUGAUGCUGGUGGCCUCACGAGAGAGUGGUAUCAAUUGUUGUCAAGGGUCAUCUUUGAUAAAGGAGCUUUACUGUUUACCACAGUUGGGAACAAUGCAACAUUCCAGCCAAAUCCUAAUUCUGUCUACCAGACUGAACAUCUGUCAUACUUUAAAUUUGUUGGUCGUGUGGUUGCCAAGGCCUUAUUUGAUGGGCAGCUUUUGGAUGUUUAUUUCACUCGUUCCUUUUACAAGCAUAUUUUGGGUGUGAAAGUAACUUAUCAUGACAUUGAAGCUGUUGAUCCCGAUUACUAUAAAAACUUGAAGUGGAUGCUAGAGAAUGAUGUCAGUGAUAUUCCUGACCUUACUUUUAGCAUGGAUGCGGAUGAGGAAAAGCUUAUCUUGUACGAGAAAACACAGGUCACUGAUUACGAGCUUAAACCUGGAGGGAGAAAUUUACGAGUUACAGAAGAAACAAAGCACGAGUAUGUGGACCUUGUUGCUGACCAUAUUUUGACGAAUGCUAUCCGUCCCCAAAUCAAUUCAUUUCUUGAAGGUUUUAAUGAACUGGUGCCUCGGGAGCUGAUUUCUAUUUUUAAUGAUAAAGAGCUUGAACUCCUUAUAAGUGGACUUCCAGAGAUUGACCUGGAUGAUUUGAAAGCCAACACAGAGUAUACUGGCUACACAGCUGCAUCCAAUGUUAUUCAAUGGUUUUGGGAGGUUGUUAAUAGUUUCAGUAAGGAAGACAUGGCGAGGUUUCUACAAUUUGUCACAGGAACAUCAAAGGUUCCGUUAGAGGGUUUCAAAGCAUUGCAAGGCAUUUCUGGUCCUCAAAGAUUUCAGAUUCACAAAGCAUAUGGGGCUCCGGAGCGGCUUCCAUCUGCUCAUACAUGCUUCAACCAAUUGGACCUUCCCGAGUAUUCUUCCAAGGAGCAGCUUCAAGACCGCUUGCUUCUUGCUAUUCAUGAAGCUAGUGAAGGCUUUGGCUUUGGCUGAUUCUGGUUUUAGCGUCACUAUUCUAUACAGCUCGUGAGAAUGGCCUUCAAGAUCCCAUCGAAUAAAUUUUGUACAUAUUAACCAAAUGCUCAUUAUUAGCAAGGCCAACUAUAAAAUCUACUUUCUAGCUGAUGAUGGUUCGUGUUGGACAGUUGCUAUGGUUCUAUCAGCUAAUGACAUUCUUGGGUGUCGCUUUUCCGAGCUGUGGCUACAGAUAUACGACUAGCCUUUCAGUUUUUUCUUUUUUUUUUUGAGAUAGAUUGUCCAUAAUUCGAGAGGGUCUCUAUUUACUUUGUCUAUAGUAGGCAAUUAGGCAGAUUUUUUGACCCUUCUGCUUAGUAUUAUCUAGAAAUUAGUGUAUAUGGCCAGUAGGCAAUUGGGUUUGAAUAAACCUUUUCCGGGGCUAUAUAGGUUUGCCUAUGUAUAAGAAUAACAUAAUUAUAUUUUGCGGAUCUUUUUGUAUGUGGAAAGGUGUCUUAUUCCAAUUUUGGGCAAUAAAUAUCUAAUAUACAUAGAGAAUUCUAUAGUUGACU